AUGCGUGUUUGUCGAAUGCAAGCAAUAUUAUUAAGGAGUCGAAUUCGUUUGGAGCCGAUCAUUCAGUUGCUAGAUUUUGCUCCCUUCGGACAUAUUCGUAGAGUAAAUUGGCGCGUACUUGGACAACAGAAAUUGGCGCGCUGGAACGAUGCCAAGCGUGGGCGUUUUGUUGAUCGCUUCCGUGCUGUGUCUAGCGGCACCGGUGCACAUGAGUGACGAGGUUUCACUUUUUCCCACCGAUAGUUUGACGAUCGUGGAAGGUGCUGGAUUCCUGGCCUACUUGAUUCCCGCCAAUGCCGGGGAUUACGGCAGGUGGAUUCACUGCUCGGUGAAUGUGAGUGGAUCGAGUUACAGUCUGGACAGUGAUCAAAUUCACGUAGUUGAUGGAAUGACCAGCGUGCAACGCUUCAAUGCCACUGUUUGUGGUAUUCGGGUGCAAAACGUGCGCAAAUCACUCGAUUCAUGGAUGUUAUCUGCAUUGGAUUCUGAAUCGAAGAGCGUUGAAAAAACUCUUCUUGUCGAGGUUUUCACUCCCAAGAAGAUUGGCAUAAUGAACGUUACCAUCAGUGAUACGAGUAGUUCGUAUACCGUGACUUGCCCUGAAGACACCUCGCGACGCUACUGUCGUAUACUGGAUGCAUCGGAUAAUAGCUAUGACGGGUGCUCGCAGACGUUUCAAAUCACUUGGAGUACAGCUCGAUUCCGGUGUCGCAUACUGUACUGGGGCGAUAUGGACGAAACGGAGACUGUAAUCAACGUGAUAGUGGAGAAGAGUAUGCGGGAUGUGACUUGGUCGAUCGAGGAGAAUGAUGCACAUGUGGUGCUGAAUUGCCACUAUCGUUCGUCGGUCAGUCCCUGUCGAGCGUUAUCUGUGGCUAGUCAAAGGCAGAUGAUGCUACUGGAUGGACAUUUGGCAGAACGCUACUCGGCAUACAAUACCAGGGUAUCGCAGGGAAUUUGUGCUCUGGAAAUCCGCAAGCCAUUGCUCAGGGAAGACUACGGCGUGUGGCGGAUCUAUUUGCCACUUACCCUGACCGACCUCACCGGAUGUGUGUUCAACUUGAAAGACAAACAAAAUCAACAGGAAGAUGAAGAUGAUGACGCAUUGUUGGUACCACCACCCUCGAAGUUGGUGGACGUAUUUCACGAUCCACUCUCGUCGGCUACGACUACGACCGAACUGAGUUGCGAAGCCCCGUACGCGAUCGAAUACUGUUACCUGACGGGACCCCUGGGCGGAAACUACGUGCCCGAGCGGUUCGAUCGGCUUAAGACCUUGGGUAUGUGCAACUUCAGGGUGUCCAACAUUACCAGCGGAAUCUGGGCCUGUGGUUUCAACGACGAGAGUGGCGGCGAGGAUCGGCUGAACUAUUUCAACGUGAACGUCUACAAACAGCCAGGCAAGGCCGUGACGCCGGAGAUCAAAGCCAGCAAAGGGGACGGGAACAAAAGAAUGCUGUGUAGGACAAUUUUGGAUCUGACGAUUGAGAUAUGCCGGUUUAUAAGCCCGAAUGGGGAGGUACACGCCCUGUCGGAGAACUUCGUUCCGAGUGAAGAGUCGAGGUUCCGGUACCAUGGCGCGGGGCUACGGGAAGGAGAAUGCGGCGUGGAAAUCGCUGAGGUGGAAAGAGCGGAUUUCGGUCGGUGGAAAUGUGCAAUAAAAGUGCAGGGCAAGGACUACGCCAUUGAGAUGGAUUUGAUCGAAGAAGUUAUAAGCACCACAAUGAUUGUCGUUAUUUCAAUCGUUGCAACGGUCGUGGCCUGCGCAGUGGGAGGUUUCUUCGCCUACAAGAAACUGAACGCCCGGCAACGCGUGCAAUACCAGGUCAGACUUGGCAGCUCGACCGGUGGCCUGUCUACCGCAUCGAAUGGAGCCUAGAAGAGGUUUGUGCUUUUUUUCUUGGUGUUAGCUGUUUUGAGGCUUGAUAUGUUUGUUCACAUUGAUUUUGCGAGGAAUUGUUUGUUCAUUGAAGAGUUUAUUUUACUGUCAGGUUUUAUCUUUUCGUGUUCAAAUAAAUAAAUUGGAAAAAAAAACUAUGAGAGUCAUUCCAUGCCGAAUCGACAAAUUCCUAAUUUCUAUUGUUGAAUGUUGAACAAUGAAUGUUUAAUGCGCGAGUAAUUUUAAGUUCAUUAUCGAAUGAGGUUUUCGCCCUCUUCUCCGAGGAAACGAUUUUAAAUAAUAAACAGGAUUGAGAGAAAGACCUUUCGCCCUCUCUUUCACCUCGCUCUUUCUUGUGUUCGUUUAGGAGAGUAAGAAAAAAGAAAAAAGCUGGCUACGCCCGUGAAAGAUGCACGUAUCAGCCCAAUUAGUUUCGUCGGUAAACUCUGUAAGUAGCUGCAUGAAGUCGAAAAAGGGUAUAACAGCGUUGAAGUGAU